UUUACUUCAAAUUCUUUUUCUCUGUGAAACUAAGAAAGGUCUUUCAUGUGUUUCUGUCAGUGGUUGUUGUCAGCUGAGCUUCAAUAGAUGAAACAAUCCCAUUCAGGAGCUACUGGGUGUGCGUGGCCUGCUGCGCCACAACAAUCAGAUCUUCCACUGCUGCAUAUCCUGAAUGUUUUUGUGUCAGGGACUACAUGAGAGCACGCUUAUAAUUAGACAUGUGUUUUCUGAGCUUUGAGUUAUUCAGAGAUCUGUUCAUCUCUUUGUUUUUUGUUGUUGAAGCAAUGAACAAUCAAAGACGAGGGGUGAGGAGUCCUGAAGAGCUUCUUUUCAGCCUUUAGAAUUUGGCCACAGCGACCCACAGAGAACCGAGAAGGCGCUGAAGUAUUUAAUCGAGAUGUUCCCAGGAAGCUGACACACACCAACGAUCCACUCAGGAAGAUUUUAGACUCUCUGCUGUCUCUUUGCCUUUACCUCUUUACAUUAUCAGAUCUUAUUGGGGUAUAAAGGGAUAAAACAUGGAGGAUAUUGGACUCCUUUUAGACUUUGAUCAGGAAGGCUCCACUGACUUUGCAUGUUGGGGACAGAUGGACCAAAACUUCCACUUUCAGACCCAGCUGGAUUCCUUCCUGAUGGACUGCCAGGCAGCCAGCGGUCAGCUCUCCCCCUGGUCUUCUUUUGGCUGUCAGUCUGUGUUUUCAGACACACAGCUGACAUUCACCGACUUGGAUGUACAGUCACCGGGACUUGGCGCUUGCGCUGAAAGCGACGGAUGCUCUGCCGAUGAACCUCUGGAGGCAGCCAAGCGCCGGACACGGAGCCUGGUGGUCCACCAGCCGUACAAGGUCCAACGGCACGCCGCCAACAUCCGGGAGAGGAAGAGGAUGCUGAGCAUCAACUCUGCCUUUGAGGAGCUGCGCUGCCAUGUCCCAACAUUUCCCUAUGAGAAGCGACUGUCUAAGAUAGACACUCUGAGGCUGGCCAUAGCCUACAUCGCCCUGCUGAGGGAGAUCCUCACGUCGGGGUCUGACCCCAAAUCCUAUGUUGAUGAGUGCAUGAAAAGCGGCUACAAGAAUCAAACCAAUGCAAUCUGGAAUACAAGCGAUCUGACAGCCCGUCUCUCUUGGAUAAAGUGGGAUUAGCUGGGAAACACGAUGGUAUCCUGAGUCUGUCGGCUGCAGCUAUGUGUCAAAGACGGACAGACCUGCUGGCGUGGUGCAGCCUGCUGACAUCUGCGGACUUCUCACCAGGUCACACACCUCCGCCUUUAUCAGCCUUCCUCGCCACUUUGUUCCAAGUAGCUUUUAAUAUUCUAAUUUACUGUUAACUGGUAAUUGAGAGGCAUUGUUUCAGAAAUUGGGGUAAUAAGGAGUCCUGGCACAGAGUAGCUUUCCCAAACGGAUGCCAUUUGUCACGGAGAGGCAAAGCUGGCAUCAAACUCAAAGGACUCAAACUUCUGCACACUGAGCUGAAGGGCUUUCUGGACUCAUUUUCAUCAAGCUGCAGUUGGUGUGUUAAAAACAGCCUUCGUCUUGUAAAUAAAAGAUCGAAGUAGACGGUCAGGUGCUGCUUCCAAACAGCAGAAACAGUGGCUGGAAACUGAAUGACUCAAAUAGCUGCUAAUUGUGUUUUAUUUAAGCUUUUCAUUGGUAUUUAGAAAUAAAGUAGAUUAUGAAAUUGCCUUCCAUGAAAAGAUGUAGGCUACAUGUCCUCACCUCCUCAAAAUAAUGGCCUCAGUCAUUUUUUUUUUUGCCAGAAGUGAUUUAGGCCAAAAGAAAAAGUCACUUUUGGCAAAAAAUGACUUAUGCCAUUAUUUUAGGAAGGUGAUUCAAUAUUAAGAACAUUUUUAACCAUGAAAUGUGACUAUUUUUUCUUGGAGAUGUGUUUUCUGCUUCUGUUUUAAGAUUUUAAGCUCUUUGAGGAGUUGGGCUAAACUGCUAACAAUGGUUUAAACAUCUUUCAAAACCAUCAAACUAUGUUUGCAAUUUGUGCUGAUUGGAAAAAAGUCAAGUGACAAAAAUGGUGCCUUACCAUUUUACAAUGCAUUUUCACAAUUUUUUAUUUUAUUUUCAACUCUUUCUUUGCUUGAGAUUUAAUGUAAGUGUAUUAUUUCAAAGAAAGUUGUUUUUAAAAGGAACUCUGAGGACAGUGGAAGUUAUCUUCAAAAGGAUUAUAAAUAAUUAUUUUUCCAUUAUCACAGAUGGUUAGAAUUUGCCAGAUUUACUAACCUAUCCCUAAUCCAAAACUGAUAACAGGAGACCAAAAAGACAAUCAGCUAGUCCAAAGAUAUAAACACUGAAACUAAAUCUCAAGUGUUCCUUUUAAAAAUAUUUCAUAAUCCCUUGAUCUGUUUCUUUUUAUAUAUUUUACUGCAUUUCUCAAAUUCUGAAGAACACAAAAAACUUUUAUUGUUGCAGUGUUUCCUAAUCCUCACAGGGGGAUCUCAACCCAUCAGAAUACCAUUCGUAUGAGAUAUGAAUUAGUCAUCUGAGCGGAAAUUCUGGAGGCCAGAAGGAGUAGGAUCUUUCCAGUCUGUGGCUUACAUUAGGGUCUGUAUUUUAUUUAUUUAUUUUCUCUCUUUUUUUUUUUUUUGCACUGAGGUGGUUUAUUGAUUUAACUUCCGACCGACCUGCUCUGACAAACGCCAAGAGGCUGUUCUCUCGGCUGGCAGGUGUGUUUAUCGUGUCAGAGGACCUCUGCGGUCUCUGGCGUUGCACUUGUAAAUAUAAUCAGUGCAUUGCAUCCUGUGAGGGAGUGGGCUAAAUUUAAAUCUAAAACAGUUCUGUGUAAAGGUCACGCAGCAGUCAGAACAAAGAUUAAUUGAUUUUGAUCAUUUUGAAACUGUUCAGAUAAAACUGUGCAGCUACAGUUAGUGGUAUACCUAAAGAUGUCUUAAAAAAGACAUUUUAUUACAGUAGUGUGUUGAGUGUGAGGCUGAGCAGUGAGCAAAUUUAGGAGAGUUACUAUUUCCAUGUAGUCAGUUUCUGACCUAUGUAGAUUAUGAGAAUGGUAUUUACUCGUCUUUCCUAUUUAAGUCGUCAGUCUCAGAUCAUAUCUAUAUUAGAGGCGUAGCGAUACCUAAAACACACAAGAUGAGAUAUUGAGUUUACGAGAGUAUUAGAUUCAAGGAAACUUCACAUAUCAAAUGUAUACUUCCAAAAGCCCUGUAUUCUGCAUUUUUAUUGGCUUGAGACAGCCGAUAGUGGUGCUUUCUACCACUUUCAGCAACAAUUUCUUGUGCUUACUUAUUGUUCAUGUCUCAUCUUUCACUCUUGCUAUUUGUAGUUCUUACUGGGAACCCAAAAUGCUGCCAAACAGUUGAUUUAAGAGUUGUUGGGGCAUCUUCUAUUACAAUGAAGUCAAGACAAUUGCAACUAGCUUGUGCUCAUGAGAUGGCAGUCAACUCAACAACAAAUAUUGUGAUGCUUCAAUAUCGCGAAAUCUUGCACGACAACAUGUUUCUACACCUCGGGGAAAUAGGAAGCUCUGAACAACUAAUACAUUUCCAAAUUACUUUUAUCAAGUGAAAACAUUAAAUAAACACAAUAAUGCCAAAAGUAUUUGCUCAUCCAUUCAAAUUGAUCAAUUCUCUAACCUAUGUUAUUAGUGUAUAAUAUUCAGCUUGCAGGCUGGUUCUACAAACAUUUGGAAAAGCGUGGGUCUCUCCCAGUUUGGCAGUGACUUCCAGUGUUGUAACAUGAUGGAAGACAACUUGUGCAAUAUGUCCAGUGAUUAUGUUAAUCUCUACUUGCUAUUCCCCAGUUAAACAUCACUGGCAUUGUUACAAAGUGGAAAUGAUUGGGUGUGACAGAAACUCAGCACAUUACUAAGCAGGUUCAGCCAAUGAGGCACAUUCACACUUUCAAACUUCAUGCAGCCUUCAGAUUUACUCAAGAACAAGUCCAGUUCCAUCCUGCAACUUUUGGAUGAACUAAAUCAAAUAUUUGACCCGAUUCAAAUAAUUGGUUUGUAUUUCCAGUUUUUGGCAGAGCUGAAUGACAUGCUGAUGAGGGAAUUCAGAGUAGAAAUGCAUCUAGAACUUGCAGGACAGCAGCUAUCAACUACUGGAUUUGGACUCCCAUGUUAUGCAGCUUCAUGGAAUGGAUUUCCGUACUGGGAGAGAAGACUCAAAGCUUUAUAUGAAGUGGGAAAGCACUGUAGCGCUGGGAUGUGUUUUAGGGAUGAUACUGAAGUUUAUAUUGUGAAGGAAAAUUGGGAAAUACUUUCAACAAAACAAAACAGCUUUUAAUACAAAUGUUGCAGUUGCAUUUAUUGUUUUGGAAUUGUUGGUGCAAUUUCUUAAAGCGGAUAAUUCCCUCAUCAGUAUAUCUCAGUGUUGAAUUUUUUUCAAACUAUUUCAGUGAUGAGAUUAUUUUACCGCAUUAUUUCUAUAUUUUUAUUUUUAUGACCAGAGGUGCCAUUAAAUUUGGAAGGGCACUGGAUUGGCUUAUAUUUUUAUAUAACAGGAAAUCUAGUACAUGCGGUUUCUCUUUCUCUUUUCUGUGCUUCUCAGUGGCUCUCCUGCCCCAAAAUAACACAAAUUUCAAUGCUGUUUAUAUAUAAUAAAGGGAAUAAGAAAGACUGUUUUAUGGUCAAAUUUUAUAGGGUAAGUCCACAGAGUUUUCACAGCAGAAUGACAUCAUUAAUACAAAAAAGAGGGCUGGGCGGCCUGGGUGUGUAACUUUUUAAAAACAAUAUUACCAGAUGCGUAAUCCCCUAAAAAUACAUGGUGUGCACAGCUUCCCAGCUUUUCAUGAGCAGCAUUAACUCAAUCUGUCCUUCAGGGCUUCACUGAAGCAUUUUCCUAAAAAUAAAAAAA